UUAGAACCAUAUGCUUUCUCCCUAUUCCCGCUUUCCCACACCCAAUUUCGCACAAAAUCCAGCACUCCUCACUCGCCUCCAACUGGAAUCCGUGCAAUUUCCCCUUUCCGAGCGCUUUUGAUUGAUCUUCCCGUUGUUCCUGUUGCCCUAGAUCGAGUUUCUCUUCGGAGAAGAUGAUGUAUGGCGAGCAGCAUCAGGCACAGCAGCAUCAGCCGCAGCAGCAUCAGCCGCAGCAGCAACAGCAGCAACAGCAGCCGCAGCAGCAUCAGCAGGGUGUGGAUUUCCACAGGCCCGGACUAGUUCGGCAGCCCUCCGCGUCUUCUACGAAUCUCCCCCAGGACCAUCCUCACCACCAUCCCCAUCCUAAUCCUAAUCCUAAUCCUAAUCCUCAUCCUCAUCCGCAAGCUCAUCCUCACCCUCAUCAGCAAACUCACCCUUAUCCUCACCCUCACCCUCACCCUCACCCUCACCCUCAUCCUCCUCCUUAUGACUCUUAUGGUGACAGUUUUGCUGCCAAAAGAAUUCGGAAGCUUGUCCAGCGACGAGCCGUUGAUUAUACCUGUACUGCUGUUCGGUAUUUGCAGGCUCGUACGUGGCAGCGGGAUACAGGGGACAGAACUAUGUUGCAACCUACUUUGGCUGCAGUUUUAGAUAUGUUACCAACAGUUGCAUAUGCUGACAAUCCUUCAACAAGUUAUGCUGCAAAAUUUGUGCAUGCAUCUACGAACAAAAAUAGAUGUUCGAUUAAUCGAGUUUUGUGGACCCCUACAGGGCGUCGCCUUAUUACUGGAUCGCAAAGUGGUGAGUUUACUCUAUGGAAUGGGCAGUCUUUUAACUUUGAAAUGAUUCUUCAGGCUCAUGAUCAGGCAAUUAGGUCCAUGGUUUGGAGCUAUAAUGAAUCUUGGAUGGUCACUGGAGAUGAUGGAGGUGCAAUAAAGUAUUGGCAGAACAACAUGAAUAAUGUGAAGGUAAACAAAUCUGCACACAAAGAAUCAGUUCGUGACCUAAGUUUCUGUAGGACAGAUUUAAAAUUUUGUUCAUGCUCAGAUGACACUACAGUUAAGGUGUGGGAUUUUGCGAGGUGCCAAGAAGAAAAAUCACUGACUGGGAAAUGAAUACAACACUUUGACAUGCAGUUGAAAGCAAAUCCCUUCUGUAAAUUUGAGUGCUGCUUUUAGAUGGUGUUAAGAAAGGGAAAAAACCCUGUUCCAAGUGGGCUGGCUGGAGGUUUCUUGUAAAUAUUCUAGAGACUGUUAGUUGAUUAUAUCAAGGAUGAGAAUAUGUGUGUUCAAAUUGAUUGAGUCUGCUGUUUACAUAACCAAGAAAUCAUUUGAAUCCUUAAUGUGGCAUCAAUAUGUAAAAAUAAAAUGUAAAACAUAAAAAAUAAAAAUUUUGUUGGGUUCCUAUAAAUCUUAUUUGGAUGCUAGACUCUUGAAACAAAAUAAACUUAGGAAUAACCUAAUACAUUAUCCAUUGCUGAGGUUAUAUUCCGAACUUGCCUUGAAUUUUUUGCUAGUAUUCCUAUGUUUGGAGCUAGACUGAUCCUACUGAAGUUGCUCUAUUAUAAAUUUGAAGUAGUGAAUAUGGUUUUACUUGUUAUCAGCUAUAUGAAAAUAUUUUCCAAGGCAGACUCGCAGUUAUUUCUGUACAGAUGAUGAUUUAUAAUUUUGUAGGGUUGGGGAACAAUUUUGUGCCCUUCUAGCGAUUGCCAGUGACAUGUCUUUGAUCAUCAAUCUAGUCUGGUUUUUGAAAAUUUCCUUUACCUUUUCCUUUAUUAGCUAAGAUCCUAAAUCUUCUUGAUGUGUGCUUCAGUGUAACUUCAAGGUCUACGUGGCGCUAAAAAUAACCAAUUUUAGGCAUGUCUUCGCAUCUAUCCUCUUCCAACCUGCUUAUUUCCACUUGCAACUUUUCCCAAAUUGAUAACUCAUUUCCUCCCAGACAAAUUUUUAUCUAAAAUUCAAACAAGAGACUUUGUUGAUUCCUCGGCUCCCUUCAUAUUUUAUUUCGUCUCAUAUUUCUGAUAUUUCUUGUGCAUACCAUUCACUCAUUCAUGCUUAUUCUAUCCCAUUUUUUGUUUCUUCAAAGCUUGCUACAAUGCAAGCUCUAUUUGCAUUUUGAAAUGAAUGGUAUCUUGAAAACUUUUGAGAUAUUAUUGAUCAAUGCAAGUGUAAGCUUUAUAUUAAAUACUAA